GAGUAUUCAAAGAGGGAAGGAAAAGUUCCGAGUUAUGAGCAAACUCGGUGGGAGUGUUGGAAUUACGGUUGUGUCCUUGGUUGCGUUGCAAGAGUUUGUUGUUAGAUAGAUCUUGGCGUUGCGUUGAAAUUUGAAAUCUUGGAUGUGAAAUUGAUUUUGAGAAAUGGAAUGGGGUUCGAAUCAAGCGGAGUUCGAUUACCUGUUCAAGCUGUUGAUGAUUGGGGACUCUGGGGUUGGUAAGAGCAGUCUCCUCCUCAGCUUCACUUCCGAUUCCUUCGAAGACCUUUCUCCUACCAUCGGUGUUGAUUUUAAGGUGAAAUAUGUUACUCUUGGAGGCAAAAAGCUCAAGCUUGCAAUUUGGGAUACAGCUGGUCAAGAGAGAUUUCGAACGUUGACAAGUUCAUAUUACAGAGGUGCACAAGGAAUCAUUAUGGUUUAUGAUGUAACAAGGCGAGAAACAUUUACAAACCUUUGUGAUGUAUGGGCCAAGGAAAUAGAACUCUAUUCAACAAAUCAAGACUGCAUCAAGAUGCUUGUUGGGAACAAAGUUGAUAAGGAAAGUGACAGGGUUGUGACAAAGAAAGAGGGAAUAAAUUUCGCCCGGGAAUCUGGAUGUCUCUUUAUUGAAUGUAGUGCUAAAACUCGAGUUAAUGUGCAGCAGUGCUUUGAAGAGCUUGUUUUAAAGAUUCUGGAUACUCCCAGUCUCUUAGCUGAGGGUUCUAAAGGGGUGAAGAAGAACAACAUCUUUAAGGAGAAACCGCCACAGUCAGAUGCAUCCACAAGCAGCUGUUGCUGAAGUUGAUACCUCUGUAUCAAACUUCUGGCAUUUCAGAUAUUUAACUACCAGAAAAUUGGUUCCUUUUUUAUUCCUAAAAGGAAUUAUUCUCAUUGUAUUCAUGUUUUAUAUGAACUGCAAAUUACAUGUAAAAUAUAGAUUAUACGAUUCCUGCUUUUUCCUUUUGCUUUCUGUGGGACUAAUCUGUUGUGUACAAACACAAUUACAAUUAAUAUAGUGGUGGAGGCCUGGAAGAAUUACUGAUAUAA